AUGAGCAAAACUGAUGUUGUACGACCAUAUCAGACAAAAGUUCAAUUUUUGAAUGGCUUUCAUGAUGACAUUCAAUUAUGUGUACCAGAUUUAAGAUGUUGUCGUGCUGUCGAUGACAAAGUUUGGGCAAUUAUUGGGCCUUCAACAUCGAGUGAUGUCGAAGCUGUUCAGUACAUGGCAACAUCGCUAAGGGUACCACAAGUAGCACCGAUUGCAACUUAUCCAGGUUUUGAUGACCGACCAAGCAUGGGCUAUUUAGUUCGCAUGUCACCUAGCGAUAAGUGGCAAAGUCGAGUAUUAGCAGAUAUAUUUCAACGAUUUCAUUGGUCUUAUGCCGCUAUCAUCGUUUCCAACACGGAUUAUGGUAUAUACGUAACAACAUUUAUUCGUUAUACAUAG